ACCUUUCAAUUUCCAUACUAGCCUUCACUUUCUUUCCCUUUUUAUUUUUUUUAUUUUUGGAAUUUUGAAGAUUAUGGGGAAUCCUAUAAAAGGAGAAGGAUCCCGAAAAUUUCAUGUUCUUGGAUUAUGGGCGUAGAGUUCUUGGGCCUUGAAGUAGAUAUAUCAUGGAAGGAAUGGCUUCUGUUAGGAUGUUUCAACAGAGCAUCGAAGAGUUGAAGCAUGCCCUUUUUAGCACCACUAUGGAACUACAAUCAACCCAACUAGCUGCAAAAGAGGAGAGAAGAAAAAAUGAAGAGACGGUAAAGCAGCUACUUGAGCUCUUGAAAUCGACAUUUCAAGAAAGAGAUGAAGCAAAAGAUCAGUUGCAAAAAUUACUAAGCAAGAUCGGGCAAUCGAUCCCAACUGAACUCUUCCACACUCUUCCAACUCUCCAUCCUGAAAGCCCACCAGCCAGACCAACCAUUGGAAAUUCGAGCAUCACAGACUCCGACAGCCUAUCGGGCACCCAUAACCGCCAAUCCUUAGUUUCUUCCCCUGUAGACUCCUUCUUCGAUGCAGUUUCUUCACCAGACCUGCCAAACAUGAACAUGGCUGACUCAAGUAAUGUAGGAAUACUGCAUCCUCAUUUACCAUUGGAAUAUAACUGCUCCUCUUCAGGAGCAGCUCAGAUCGAUCCUGCUUCAGCGAUAAUCGAUCGGCUUGCUUUGAGAAAACCUCUGCCACAGAAAGGGAGGCUAUUGCAGGCCGUUAUGGAAGCUGGGCCGCUGUUACAGACGCUUCUGGUUGCUGGGCCUCUUCCUCAGUGGCGCAUUCCUCCACCUGUGCAGCCAUUCCAAGUACCACUGGUGUCUGUUAAUGGUGCAUCUCAACCUUGUUCCGCAUCCAUGUUGGAUUUUUCAAGCACUGUUGGGUCAUGUAUGAAGAAGAGGCUGGCAACUUCUUGUAGUUUCAGCGAAGAUUUCGUGCAUGAUUUUUGCCGGAAAGGUAAAUGCCAGAAGUUUCAAUGAAGAGAAGGUAUAAAAUUCAUGGCUUGUUAGUGAAAUCAGAUGAACUAAUUCCAAUAUUGUAUAAUAUUCAUUUCAAAUUUUGAUGAUUGUAUAGGAAGAGGUUUGCUACUUCCACACAAGUGCAUAUCUCAAUCCUGUCACACUUUGCUACACAUGCUAAUGUGGCAUGCAUUCGGGAUCUCCAAGCUGUCCAUGUGGACCCCACAAUAUAAUUCUCUGGUCCUCUCAUCAGGGUGCUCCACAGAUCAGAUGGGCUACAAUGCACAAAACAAAUGGACAGUUGAACCAAAAAAAAAAACCUGGCAAGUAUACUUAUUUAGCCAUCCAUUUGUCUCAUAUGCUAUGGCCGCCUGGAUGAGCAGACCGGCUUUUUUUCUUCAAGAUGGCCCCACCUGAUAGGUGGCU